AUGCACCUGAAAAUCGUGUCUGAAAAACACGAAGUUGAAUCGAGUGAGAGAAGUAGAGGAGACAGACACUUUGCAGAAGGAGUGAACAAGCAUAAACCCUGGAUUGAGACAUCAUACCAUGGAAUCAUAACCGAAAAUAAUGACACUGUAAUUUUGGAUCCUCCUCUUGUUGCUUUGGAUAAAGAUGCACCUGUUCCCUUUGCAGGUGAAAUAUGUGCUUUUAAAAUCCAUGGACAAGAAAUGCCCUUUGAAGCUGUUGUACUAAACAAGACAUCUGGAGAAGGUCGUCUUCGAGCAAAAAGUCCUAUUGAUUGUGAGCUGCAGAAAGAAUACACUUUCAUCAUUCAAGCCUAUGACUGUGGAUCAGGACCAAGUGGAAUAAACUGGAAGAAAUCUCACAAGGCAGUUGUCCAUAUCCAAGUGAAGGAUGUUAAUGAGUUUUCACCAGCUUUCAAAGAGAGUAUGUAUAAGGCCACUGUGACUGAGGGAAAGAUCUAUGAUAGUAUACUGCAGGUAGAAGCCAUAGAUGAGGACUGUUCCCCGCAGUAUAGCCAGAUCUGCAAUUAUGAAAUUGUCACAACAGAUGUUCCUUUUGCUAUCGACAGAAAUGGUAACAUCAGAAACACUGAGAAGCUAAACUAUGAUAAAAAGCAUCAGUAUGAGAUAAUGGUAACAGCUUUUGACUGUGGACAAAAACACGCAAGAGAAGAUGUCUUAGUACAAGUUAAUGUCAAACCAGUGUGCAAACCAGGCUGGCAAGACUGGAACAAACGUGUUGAAUACAAGCCUGGUUCCGGCAGCAUACCUUUGUUUCCCAGUAUUCAUCUAGAAACGUGUGACGGACCAGUUUCAUCAAUACAUACAACAAUUGAAUUGCAGACCAAUUAUAUUGGAAAGGGCUGUGAUCGUGAAACAUACUCAGAAAAAUCUCUGCAGAAACUAUGUGGAGCAUCCUCAGGUGCCAUUGACCUCUUACCAUCUCCCAGUGCAACAACUAACUGGACAGCCGGGCUUCUCAUGGAUAACAAUGACAUGAUUUUUAAAUUUGAUGGAAAACAAGGAGCCAAAAUCCCAGAUGGAAUAGUCCCAAAGAAUUUAACUGAUCAAUUCACCAUCUCUCUGUGGAUGAAACAUGGACCUAGCCCAGGUCUAAGAGCUGAGAAAGAGACUAUUCUCUGCAACUCUGACAAGACGGAAAUGAACCGACAUCACUAUGCCUUGUACGUGCACAACUGCCGAUUAGUGUUUCUGUUGCGUAAAGACUUUGAUCAGGCUGACACCUUCCGCCCUGCAGAGUUCCACUGGAAACUGGAUCAGAUUUGUGAUAAAGAAUGGCAUUACUAUGUUGUCAAUGUUGAGUUUCCUGUUGUUACCCUAUACAUGGAUGGAACAACAUAUGAACCUUACCUUGUGACCAAUGAUUGGCCUAUUCACCCUUCGCACAUAGCCAUGCAGCUGACAGUCGGUGCUUGCUGGCAAGGAGGUGAAAUCACCAAGCCUAGGUUUGCUCAGUAUUUCCACGGCAGCCUAGCCAGUCUUACUAUCCGUCCUGGAAAAAUCGAGAGUCAGAAAGUGAUUUCCUGUUUGCAGGCCUGCAAGGAAGGUCUGGAUAUUAAUUCACUUGAGAGUCUUGGCCAAGGAGUAAAGUAUCACUUCAACCCUUCCCAGUCAGUCCUUGUCAUGGAAGGAGAUGACAUUGAGAAUAUAAAUCGAGCUCUCCGAAAGGUCUCUUAUAUCAACUCUAGACAGUUUCCUACUGCAGGCGUACGACGUCUCAAAGUCUCAUCUAAAGUCCAGUGUUUUGGUGAAGAUGUCUGCAUUAAUAUCCCAGAUAUCGAUGCAUAUGUAAUGGUGCUUCAGGCCAAUGAGCCCAAGAUUACAAUAAGUGGGAUGGACCACUUUGCUAGACCAGCUGCACAAUUUGAAGGUGAAAGAGGUGUCAUUCUGCUGCCUGACAUCAGGAUUGUCAGCACCGUCACAAAAAUGGAGCAUUCAAAAGAAAAUGAUAAAGCCAAUAAGCCAGCAGUCUUGGAGGAAAUGCUCCACAACUUGGAUUUCUGUGAUAUUUUGGUCAGUGGUCCAAAACUAGAUCCUCAACAGGAGUGUUUAGAACUAGAUCGUACAGAGCUUCAAGGAAAACAUCUAGAUGCCACGAAUUCCACAGCAGGAUAUUCAAUCUAUGGUGUGGACACCAUGCACAACUAUGAACAGGUUCUUCAGCAGAUUCGAUAUCGUAACUGGUACACUUCUGACACAUUUGAAAGAAAGUUCAGAAUCAAGUGCUCUGAGCUGAAUGGGCAUUACACCAGCAAUGAAUUUAACUUGGAGGUUAAUAUUCUACACAGCACCAACUCCAACUAUAUGGACCAUGUAAACCAUGUGAUAGUACAGCCACACUUUCUUCAGUCGGUCCACCAUCCAGAGGAAAGCAUAACUACCGUUCACAACUCAGUUGUUCCAAGUGUGGCUACUGUUGUUAUUGUGAUCUGUGUGAGUGUACUCAUUUUCACUGUAGCCGUGGGAGUCUAUAGAAUUCGGACAGCCCAUCAGCACAGCUCUACAGACAAUGAAAGCAGUAAGGAAAAUGAAAUGGAUUGGGACGAUUCUGCUCUGACUAUUACUGUCAACCCCAUGGAGAAAUACGAAAAGCCUCACCGGGCAGAAGAGGAGAGUGAAGAAGAUGAUGAUGAAGAGGAAGACACAACCAGUGCUGAAUCAGAUGAAAGUGAAGAGGAAGAGGAUGAGGAAGAAGAGGAGGAAGCGAUUGUCCAAAAGAGAGGCAAGCAGAAUCUCACCAAGCAAGAGCAGUUGGAGUGGGAUGAUUCAACACUCCCAUACUAACAGCCCUCCAGCCACAUUGCUCCUUUUGUAACCACCAAUACAGUGUUUUUUUCAGAGUCUAUGAAUUCAGUGACAGGAUUUGAACUUCUGCUUGCCUCUAACUGUUUUGCCUAAAAUGAUUUUGUUGUAGUACCUGAUCAUGAUAGAACCGACCCUUUUCCUGCAAAGCCUGGAGAACACAUGGUACCAUCAUACUGGCAUUGCCAGUUCUAAAGUAAUCUAGAACUUAAUUUGUUAGCAAGCAUAGGGUUCGAUUUCCUCUUUCUGUACCACAAGUCUGUGACAAAAGUGCUGUCACUCAAUCCAUAGAGUAUUUUUGCCUUUGCUAUUUUUUCAUACAGGAAAGAUUUCAGCUUGUUAUGAAGAAUUACCUGUGUGGGUCCAAAUAACACAGUUGCCCUUUGGCUUCACACUUUUACAGGUAUAAAAUAUAAUCCCACUUCAAAUUAUGAGAGUUUUAGUGCUACAGGUGACAGAGACUGAAUUCCACUUUUUGUCUCUUCCUGCCUUCUUGGAUGUUAACUAUCUUCUACAAGGGAAUAGAUUUAGGACUUGAUAUGGGAUGCAUGUAUGCCUGUGUAGAAAUGGACAGUGUAUUUUUCAAGAAUGCUGUCAGAAGCAUGAAGAGAGGGAUUUUAUCCAACCCAUGCAUAGAAGCUGAAGAAAGGGGAUGCUGAAUGUUACCAUAAAAAAAUAAAUCAUUAUUUCUAUGUCCACAAAUGAAAUGAUCUUACACAAACUGUAAAUUCUAAUGGAACUGAUAUAGUGAAAACCUGUAAAGCUACUCAAAUUGGAUUGAACAAUUUGCAGCAAAUUAAUGCUUUAACUGUCUUGUAAAAUCAUUAGCUUGCUGCAGUAUCUUAUUGAAACAGUGGAAAGUAAGCAACCUCGUUAUACCAUGGAUAUGUACGGUUGGGAUUUAAGCACUGAUUUUUCAUGAGGAAAAUGUUCCCUUUUGCUUUGCUGAGUGCCAGCUGGAAUUCCUGUCUGGCUUUAUUCUAUAGAAAAGUAUGCCGUUAUCCCACCCUGAGUGACACAACAGAAAGUGACAACACAACUGUCAGCCCCCUGUUGGGCUCAUAAUUCUACUUUAUUUCUUCUUCCUGAAGCCAUUAUUGUUAAGAAAAGGUUUUAUAAAAUAGAACUAGGAUAACUAAAACCUACCUGGAACCAAAAGAAGUUGAAAAAAACUCAUAAGAGGUUGAGAGAGUAUUUUAGUUAUGGUAACACAGCAUAUUUUUCUUAUACUCUGUUAAAAGAGAAAAAAAAAAGCUACGUACAAUGUGUUGGUAAGUCUGUGUGGUGUGUUUUCUGUCCCCUUAAUAAUCUAUCUUCAAAUGUUCUGCAUACCAAGUAAUGCAGCACUUGCUAGGAUAACCGUUCUUUAUAAAAACCAAAAUGACAUGGAAGUGAAUGCUGCCUACUGGCUUUUCUGUUUUUUUUCUUAAGUAAGUAGUUCCUUUUGUUUACUACUUCAUCACUGACUUUUGUAAUUUGCUGUUUAAAAUGAGCUACGUCCUCUUCUCUCUCCCAACGAAACAAGCAGUCGGUCUUGGCUUAAUAGGAUGUUCCUGAGCACCUAUGAAUGAUAACUCAUGCUGCAAAGAGUAACCUGAGAGAUCUUGAGGGUACUCACCGACACCAGCAUUAUUAGCAGCAGCUCCUGCAGGUCUUGGAAUUUAGAGAAUGUAUUGUGGGGUUCUAGUUGGUGAUGGAUUUUUAAAAUCAGUUUUUGCAUCCAUCUAGCAGCUGUAGGAAAAGACUGACCACAACUGUAUAGUGUAGGUUAAUAAUGAGAAAGUAAAUGAAAAGAACCUUAAUGUAUUUUAAAAUUAGAGAUUUUCAUGCUCAUUUUGUUGUUUAAGACUGGCAGUAUAGAAGUUAUCUUACAUGUGCAAUCCCAUUUCAUUUUUAUUUUGGUCUCUCACAGGAAUUAAAAGAAUAUGUGAAGAAUUGAGCCUAGAUACAUAAAAUUUAUCGGCAGGAAUAAAGGUUGUAUAAAAUAGGCUACAAUAUCUAUUUAUAGACAGCCUAACCUGAACAAAGAGAUUUGUGUUACUAGAUCCUAGUACCCUAGAUCAUUCCCUAGUGUUACUACUUUUAUUAGUGACAUGAAGCAGGCCCUUCGUGAUACUUGUUUAUCAGCACGUUUCUCAGCAAAGGUUUCUGCUCAGAAAAAAAAGGAAAUUUAAAAUUAAAAGUAGAUAUUUAAAUGUCCAUUUCAGAUCUAAAACUGGACUUAGAUUGUUUUUGUCUUUGUUCUUCCUGAUUAUUAUUAUUGUUGUUAUCACAGCAAAUGUUAGAGCAAGUUGAAAACAGCUAUUUACAAUCUUACCGAUAGCCUUUAGUUGUUUUAUAUGUUUGUGUCUGUCCAGCUGAUGGAUAUUCAUCAAGCAAAAAAAUCAACUCUUUUCAAGUCAUGCUAGUACAUUACACAAGAAACCAAUAUGAAGUAUUUUCUCUACUGUAAAUAAACUUACCUUUUUAGACUUAAGCAAAGUAAUACAGGAAUGGGUGUUAUCACUUAAAUUUGGUUUGCAACAAAAUAUUCAGAAAACUAAAGUGAUUCACUGUACAUAUUUUAGAUUACUCAUGGGGGUGAGUUUUGCAGCAUUUUUCAUUCAGAGGAACAGAAAACAUUUUUCAGAAAACAUUAGUUAGAAUGAGCUACUUCACAAAAUCUUACAAUUAAAAUAUUUGUAUCGAUUUCACAACAGUGGCUUUAUAAGCAAUAACCCAGUAGUAGAAUAACAUAGAAAUAUCAAACUGUUUGAAUUAAUUUAAAUAUUAUUGCUUCCCUGCCAUGAUUUUUUUUCUUGGAUAUAAACUAGUUGCUUAAAACUAACAUAUACACACACACACAGGCACUCCUUCUGCCCUCUCCCCCACUCCAUCAAAAGCCAAAUAAAUCUCACCUUUCCUCUCCAAAAAAUGUGUUUAUGCAAACUCUGAAAUGACAACUGCAGAUAUAAUGUUUAUCCUAAGUCCAGUUGCAAGCUUUGAGCUAUCAAGGCACAAAAAAGGUGGGUUUUUUUAAUAGUAGCAAUAAACAAGUGUAUCCAAAAAUCAACUCUGAAGACGUACCUGUAAUAUAUAACGUCUGGAAUCUGUGACUACAGAGAUUUAAAAUGAUAUCAUACUAGUGAAUGCUUUUAAAUUAUUGAAAUUCUAAUCUAAGGCUGGGAAAAGCUGCAAAUGCAAAUUCAAGACAGCGAUACACUGUUAUAUGCAUUAAUAUAACUGCCUAAGUUGCUUUUGGUGAUCACUAGCUCACAUUUCUUUUUCUCUUCCAUCCCCUCCAUGGGGGAUUGGAAGCAUUGGGGUAUUUUAUCUCUGCAAAGAGAACUAAAGAGGCUUACCUUUUGAGAUCAAUCUCAAAAUCUACUACAUUGACUGCCACCAUUUCCAAUUAGAAAUAGACAUACAGGGUUCAUGACAUCUUUAAUGCUAAUAAAAAUAAAAUGUGUUUGUGCUGGAAUAUUUGUUCAUUCAAAAAGGCAGUAGUGGCUCUACUGCUUCUUAACUGUCAAGGACCUCCUUCACCAAGGUCUACUGUGAAAGUGCAGUGUCUUUUCCUUUCUGGUGCUGGACUUACUGUGAACGUGCACCAUCCAUCAGUCCUCCUUUGCAGAAGCCGCUCCUGCUUGACACUAAGCUGAAAAACAAUGGCAUAGGACAGUAGCAACCCCCAGGUUAAAGCCUGGUAGAGGAUAAUUCCAGAAGCAGCCCCUAUUCUGAACCCUGCACGUAAUUGUGCCUCACUCAGCUAUCUCAUUCCCUGACCUGAGAGACAAGGUAAUGCAUUUACCUAGUGAGGACUCCAGCAGGCUGGGAGAUGAUACUGCCUCUAAUAAAAGCUUUGGUGUUGGCACGUGCUACACCCUGAUGAUUUCUACCACCAUCCGUGCUUAGCAGACGAAGAAAGGAAGGUAUUACUCUGGUGACAGAAAAAGGUCUGAUGGGAUGUCCCCCAGAAGCUGCUUCUGGUAUUCUGGAAUAUAAAUUAUACCAAAAUUAAGGAUGUAUAGAAAAGGAUGUAGAUACUUAAUUAUGUAGGGAGGGAAAAGAAAUUAAACUGAGAGAACAUCUCCAGGUCUUGAGAAAAGUCUCUUCUUCCCUUAACAUAAUCAGCAUUGUGAAUUAAGUAUAUCCAUAACAGUAUAGCACUACAAGUUUCUGUAUGCUUACAGAAAAUGACAAUAAAAUUCUCUUAGCAUGAUACAAUUUUCAUAUAAAAAAUACCCACGAAUCUCUUUGGAGGCAAAGGAGCCAAAUAAUGCUUAUGGCAAUUAACAUCUUAGCCAUGAAUAACACCUUAAUUCUGAUUUCUAAAUUUAUUUUAGCAAAUAUUUUACCUUGCUGCAGCAUAGUUGUAUCCUGUGUACUAUUUCUACACUACCGUUAAAAAGGUCCCAAGAGGUUUACAGCAACAGUAAGAGAACAACUCAUUUGGCAGAAAAUAAAGGUGACAUAACUUGCACAAAGGUAUUUUAAAUAUACUUACUUACUUAGAUGUCUGUCUUCUGGUUCUUGAUGAAAUCCCAGUGUUGGAAAAAAUAAAUCUCUUUCAUGAAAUAGAAGUUCUGACAGGUACUCACCGUUGUCAGACUGAGAAACACACACGAACUGGUAUUUCUCAUAUGUAUAUAUAUGUUAAUUUAACAUAUCUAAUGUAUGGAUAUAAAAAUACAAUAUCUAGACUGGAAAUACAAAUUUUAUUGUACCUAGAGUUUUCUGUGAUGCUGUAUAGAUUCAAGCAGCACAUCUACAGUUGCUCAGAGAAUAUUUGGAACUGCUGGAAUAUAGUCUAUAGAGUCAGAGUCCUUAGGCCAAUUCUGAGCUUUUUAGGAUCUCAAUCAGGUGCUAUUAAACUGCUGGCAAGCUGGAAAUCACAGACAAACAACCAAUGAGCUCUGAUAAAAUUUCUGAACAAGAAAGUAAAAUUAUUGAGGGAAGGGCAGAAAGGGCUGUGUAUUAGCCGAAGCUUGGUGUGUCACUCACUUCUGACAGCAGGCCUUGCAAUUAGCGCAGCCCUGGACGUUCACUGUAGCUGCUGACCUUUCCUUAAUGUCUGUCUCAGGCUGUUCACAGACACCAGUCAUGCAAGUCUGAGAAGAUAAAAAUUUAAAUAUAUAUAUAUAUAUAUAUAUAUAUAUACAUUGUCAAAUGCAGCAAAAAUAAAUGCACCUGUAGAUAAGGAUCUACUAUAUAAAUAUGAUACUCCGCAUGUUUCAACUAGUAUCAACAAUUAUAUAAUAGCACUACGUUUCUGCCUCCUUAGGCUAAACUAAACGAAGAAAUCCCUUAAUGCUGAACGUGGUCAGCUUUAAAGUAAAGGAGAUGAUGCAAAUCUCAGAUGACCCAGCUGAUGAACUAAAGUGUAUUCUGUGAUCAGACUGUUUGCUUUAGCAUCAGGGAUUUUGUUGUUCUUGUUUCUCUCUCUCUCUCUUUUUUUUUUUUUUAAUGUUUUUGGGGUUAUUAUUUUUUUCCUAAAGAAGAGAUAUUCAUAAAACAUAAAUGCGCAAAGCUGGAACUGAGCAAAAGGAAAAGGGAGGAAAGUGGAACAUGGACUUUUAUUUCAUAUACUCGUGUCUAAUACCAAAUAAAUUGCAACACCAACAUGAUGGAAGGUUAACACAAGAAAAUGAAGCCAGGAGGUUCUAUGUGUUCAUAACUUCAUUCCCAGCAAUGAAAAGAAUGUCACCAGAUCACGUCCCCUGCUUCCCAAGAGGAAUUUUGCUGCCUUUUGAGUGGGUAUUGGCAGUGGUUCAAUUGUUAGUUUCCAUUUCUCUCUUUCUAAAUAGGAAUAAGGAUACUGACAUUCUCUGCUAAGUACUGUGAGCACUACAAAAAGCGCCUUCAAAGGGCUUGCUGGUCUUACAAGCAGUGUUGCAAUUUAAAUGCAAUUGAAUGUUGACCUUACACGCAAGGUAAUGCUUGCCAAUCCAGGGUGCAAAGUUAACGUCAAUGGUUACAGUCAAGAACUUGAGACAAGUUUCCUUAGUUAUUGCUUAGGAGGAAACAGUCACAAUAAUUUGAAACAUUACCAACAUUUAAAAAAGCAUUCAUUUCUAUUUUCAGUUCUGUAACUCAAGUGGAAAUUCUGCAUUCAUCAGCUGUAGAAGCUACAGGGCCAUGCAUUGUCACAAUUUGUGCCUGUGUUAAAAGCAAAGAAUCAAAAGAAUUUUUUUCAGAGCUAAGUACAUUGUUUGAUGAAAGAAAGCAGCUUUCACCAUGCAGGGUGCAUAAGGCAAAGCAAAACAGUCUCCAAAUGAUGAACAAAAGUUUUACAAUAGUACUACAUCCUUAUACUACAAAAACCCAGAAAUUUCAUGGGAGUAGAAGCCUUUCUGCUGCCCUACCAAUUUCUUUUCUAUAAUUCAUACAGUUUUGCAUUUUCAGAGUUUAACUUAUUUGCUGGAUAUAAAAAGUUCCUUCAGGUUCCUGUAGGCUUAUUAAAAUAUAAAAUUCAAAGGAAAAAAAUGCAAAUUGUUAAAACUACCUUUUUUUUUUUCCCCUUUCUAUUUAUUUUUUCCCCUAAAUAUAUAAAUGGAUAUAAAGGACAAGGUAACCCUGACCAAAUCUGUUGCCAUUAUGAUAUUUCAAACCAGUACUGAAAUUUGCAACAAAUUCUUGUCUGCAGUCAGUUAGUGUGUCCAUAUAUAUACACAUGAGAAGGUAAACAGUUGUUUUAACUAACUGGGCAUGUUCCUUGGAAUGUGAAUUGGAUUAAUUACAGUCAGUUUUUCUAGAAAACAGAAUUACUGAUUAGGGAAGCAUGAACAAAGGUAAGAGAAUAACCCAUGAAAAAUGGACAGAAAGAGUCAAGGUUUCCAGCUGAUGUGAAGAAAAGCUGGAAUCUUUUAGAAGACUAGUAAUCUUCCAGAAACUGGAGAGGGACUAAAAGCUUAAGUGAGGGAGAGUGUGUGUCUGUGUGUGUGUGUCUGUGUGUCAACUGCCAAAUACUUCAUCAUUCUCGGCAUGGAUGUGGUUGUUGCAGUAAUGAACUAAAGCUUAAGUCACAUAGCAUGGUUGCCGCUGCCUGUAGCUGGCUCAUUAGUUCCAGUACCUCCAGCAGAGCUGGGAAGGGAGCAAGACCAUGACAAGUAAAGUCAAGUCUUACUGCCAUGUGCCACAUUAAGUAGGAAACGCUCUAUGCUUAAGGCAGGGCCAUGGUAAUUUGGGCCAAAGCAUUUUGUCCAUUGUGGUUCAAGUACAGUUACCACACAAUUCAGUAUGAAGCAAGAAAAAGAAUUUUUGUACACCAGCUGUGUUAGUAAGUGUUAGAGAGUUUGUGCAACCUACAUACUCCAUAGAUUGAAGAAUCAACUAGGAACACCCAGCAAAGACUGUACUCCAUGUUGCAAAGGUCCUUAAACUUACUGUCACAAUCCAAUUCCCUAAAUAUCCACAUAGUUAGGAACCUUGUUUUUGAAAAGACAAAAAAACAAAAAAAUUUCACAGAUAACAGUAAUCCCCAGCCAACUCUGAGAGCUGAAGCUGUUAUCUCCAUUCUCAGAAUCAAGCGCUAACAUAUUUAUUGUUAGAUCCUCCAUAAACUGAUCCAAAAAUGAGGGAGACAUCUCAAAAUACGAUAUUUAUAUUCUGUUGUAAAUACAGCACCACUAGAAUCUCAAAUAAAUACUUGACUGUAGUCAACAGCAGUUCUGUACUCACAGUCAUCACAACAAAGUGUGGCACUGGGUCAUUGCUUGCAGAGUAAGGCACUAGGGUUCAUGUUCCUGCUGAAAAUUAUCUCAUCUAAAUUUUAGUGUAUGUAGGAAUUGUUGCUAGACUAAUUAAAUCUUAGAAAUAAAAAUGUAGAAAUUAGAUGUGAAGAAAAAGUAGUAGAGGUAGUUUAUCAAGCUAACAGUACAGAAUUAUUCCCUAGCAUAUAUUUUCUAGUGUUAGGGGUGGGGAGUGGGGUGUUUCAGCCUACUUAAAUUUGUCUAAGCCUGAGACUUCUACUGCUUCCCAUGAGAGUCCAUUAGAAUUCACCUUUAGAAAAAAGCUUUUCCUGAUAAUAAAUUUAAACAACUCUUUUUGCAAUUUUUAUCUCAUUAGUCCCACUUACACCCUUGGUAACCAUUUCUAAUAUAUUUCCUUAGGACAGACUAGUAUAAAAGUAAUUUAUCAUCAGAUCUUAUUGGUAGAAUGCACAACCUACUUUCUAAAACAAGAUUUCUAGAUGCAUGCUAACUGUUGCAGUGGAAUAGAAUUGUGCCAACCUUACCGAGUGCUGCUGUGCCUAAUGUUACGUUUUAGAUUUUCAAUGCGUAUGUGGCCUCUAGCAGAAUGACUGAAUGGUUAGAUCUCAUGCAUGCCCCAAGCAAAAUUCUGUUCUCUGGCUCAGAAGCCUGUUUACCCAGCAAGCCAGUAAGGAUGUAAAUAGCUUGGCUCUUUUACUUAAUAUAUUUCCUUCUUCUACCCCACCUGCUGUAUCUGAAAGACAAAACAACUGAAGUCCUUGUACUUAAAGGCCGUGGACAUUCCUGCAUCACCAUUUCACUAAGACCUGCGUACCUCCCUUAUUUGCUGUCUCUGAAAGAAUUAGCGUAAAAGGGGGAGCAGGCACAGUAAGCUUUCUAAUAAUGACUUCCACCAGGGCAUCUCUGUACCUAUAAAAGGGCCAUCGAGCAUUGCACAGAUGAUGUUAUAGGGAAUGACAAAUUGCCAUCACAUAAUCAAACAAAGAUGACUUCCUUCAUGUUGGCUAAUACAAUGUAUGAGAAAAGUUAUCAGUAAUAGCUUUCCAUUUUCUGAAACAAAAUGUAUUGCUGUAGCUACCCAUCUCUUCUCUUUCCAAAACCAGUCAUGGAAUGAAGAAUAAUUUAAUAAAUGAUUUAAGUUAAGUCUAAUAGAUGAGGUGGGGAGACAAGUUUUGCAAGGUGAGGUUACAACACAAACGGAGACGAAAAAGAACGGGACUCGCUGAUCAAGGAAGUAUAAAAAAAUGACUUAAUAUGUGAAAGCAGCAGAGCAGGGAUCACCUCAAAUAUUGUUGGAUUGUUUCUAGUUAGAGUUAGCCAUAUAGUUAUAGAAUAGCUUACAUGUUAUUCAGAGUGUAGGAUUCUGAAGAGCUGAGAAAUAAUCUUAUCAUAUUGAGUAUGACAGCUCUGGGCUCUAAUUGGCUGGGACAAUUCAAUCUCAUAUUUGACAGUAAAAAUUAUACUUCAUCUGAUUGCAAAAAUGUAGAACUUUUCCCAUGCAGUUCAUCAUUUCCCAGAUUUGCUUCCAUACUGGUGCAUUAGUUCUUGUUGAGGAGCAGUAACAGUUGGCAGUAUGUCUUUUGUACCUUGGGAUUGUUUCCUAGCGAACGGUCUGAUCUCUGUGUAAUUGUGGCCACCUCUAUUAAUAAUAAAAAAAAUAUGCCUGAGGGGAUUCAAAUAAACACAUACUCUGUGGUUGUGACCUCUUAAGUAUGUCUCAAAACUGCAGUCUCUUCAGUCCAGGAGAGAUACUCAUUAUAUAAAAUACCUUACUGUAUAUGUGAAACAGUCAUAAACCACGUCUUGAAAUGUCUUGUUUUAAAUACUAAAUGCAUUUAUGAAGGUGUGAAUAUAUACAAUUUAUGAAGGAUGAUGAUUUUAAUGAUUAUAUGCAAUGAAAAAUAUUAAUACGAACUGAAAAUGAUUUUUGGACAAAAAAUCUGCUUUUUUAAGAAAGCCCUUCUCUUUACGAAAAUGUACAGUAAAUUUUGACGCAUAAUAAAGUACAUGAAAGUUAACUUUAAAUAUAGUGAGAAUAAGUUGUGUACAACUCUCCUUUCUGGCCUCCACCCAUGGCACAGUAGUAUAUUUAAUUAAAAAACACAUCACUUUGCAGUUUUUUUAUGCAUUUGAGAUUUUUUGAUAUCCUGAUGUUUUCCAUAUGAUUUACUGAAUGCAUAAUGGAAAUAGAUCUGUUAUUUUAAAACUUGGGCUGUACAUGUAUAAAACUAGAUUCAUUUUUGUGGUUACUAUGGCACUUUCUGUGAAUUGGCCAAUAAAUAUAAUUUUAGAAUUUCACAUAAAAGAUAA